AUGGAGGACUUGGAGCCAACUUGCGCAGAAACGAAUAAUCGAGCGCGUUUCCUCCAAAGUCUGGGACGGGAUGCGGAUCUUCGGAGUGGUGCGGUGAUAGAUGAUGCAACUCGUAAAGCUGUCGAAAAACAUGCCAAGGGAAUCCAGUUCCUUUCCAGUGUCGAGGAGUUCGAGACAGCACCAGCUGUUCGUGGUGUGUUUCGUGAGUUGGGGCUCCGGCUUCGUGGAGCCGCGGAGACUCGAAAUCACUUGCGCCGAGCUCUUCAGGGCAUCAGAUUACUUCGGGAUGUCAGGGUUCCUACCCGUGAUGGGAGUCACUUCGUUGCAGAUGUCUUCCUACCCAUUGAUGAAGGAUCUUAUCCCGUUCUCCUCCGGCAGGGCAUCUACGGCCGUGCGUUUCAAACCGGGUCCGUUCAUAACGAGACCGAGAUGCUGGCUAGUGAGGAACGAGAAGCAGCUUGGUUCGAGAAGAGUAGAGAAGAGCUGAAUUUCUAUUUCCGAUACUCGGAAACAGCUGCCUCCGCCAACAGCAGUACCUGGGUGCCGCAAGGUUAUGCAGUGUGGUGGAAAGAAAGUGUUGGUCCCGCAAGAAACAAAAACAGCGAUGCUGUCGAUUUUAUUGCCGGGUUAGAAGACCACCCAUGGGACGAUGGACACUAUCAUGGCCAUGGCCAGGAUGCAAUCUUGUCUGCCGACUUUUCCAAAAUCCAUAUACCCGUAAUCACAGCCGUCAGUCAGACGGGCUUUACCCAUGGCCGUGCAGGCUUCGAAGCCUAUGCCGAGUUGCCGUCGCCAGCCAAGCAACUUCUUAUCCUCGACGCUGCUUUCCCGGAAUAUAUGUUCGUCGAUUGCCAACCUGAUCUAGAGGCCUUCUUUAGCAGGCAUCUCAAGGGACUUGUGCCGGAUCAAGAGCAAUCCCCUGUACGGAUGGUAAUGCGAACAGGUGGCGGAGCCUUUGAGUGGCAGAACGCGACAACUUGGCCUCUUCCAAACACUGAGUACCGGGGACUCUUCCUCAACGCCCACGGUGCCACGACUGUAGGGAAUAUCACUACUCAUUUGCCUCUUCAGCAGGGGCAGUCCACAUACUCCGCAGACGUUCAAGCGGCCAAAGAUCUUCCAAUGGCUAUUUUCGAGUCAGACCCGUUGACAGAGAGUCUCAAAUUGGCAGGCCACUUCCGGGCCACUCUAUGGGUAUCAUCUACAUCAGCGGAUGCCGAUGUCUUUGUCGCCAUUCGUGUCUUUGAGGGUGAUAAAGAAGUCCAUUAUCAAACGCGAGCACCUGGUACACGAGCACCACUGACGUACGGUUGUCUAAAAGUCUCUCACAGGGCCACCGAUCCAGUGAGGAGUAACAAAGCACGCCCGUGGCAUACUCAUCACGAGGAAGAUGCCUUACCUCUACUCCCGCACACAGUGGUCAAGAUUGAUGUAGAGUUACUGGCUGCUACAGGGCGUAUUCCCUCGGGCUGCCGAUUCCGCGUUGUGAUUUCCCCAGCGGAAGGACCAGGGGCAAUUCCAGGAUGGGAGCGCGCUUACGACGAAUCUUAUCAUCGGGGAGCAGCUAAUUCUAUAUUCACGGGUGGGCUGUAUGCCAGCUCUAUAACUAUUCCUGUCAUAAGUGGAGAGUAA